AUAUAUUGGUAUGUUUAUCAGGUCAAAUCUAAUCGUCAAUGCACACAGUUAACUUGUUAAUCUUUGCAACGCUGAUAAACUCUCGUCUUGAAUUUUGUGAAAAUUGGAGUAACCCAGUUGUACUUGUAUAUUAAGGUCAUGUUUGAUUCAAACAUCAAAGCGUUUAAAACAGCCAUUAAGAAGGCGUGCAGUGUUGCUCUUCCAAGGAAACAACUAAAGGUGUUUGGUGUUGUUUGUUUGAAGAAGGACAAGAAAAAUGAACAGACGCUGCAAAUUGAAAUGAACAUAAACAACGAAGAGGUCGGCGCAGGUCAAUCUCAGCAGAGCGUCGACGAAAAUCACAGAGUCAGUGCGGAUACUACCGAAUUGUCGAAUGAAAUUUGUAAGUUUGCUCAAAGGUUGAUCAGUUAUGAAGAUCAAUUGGAAGUGGUCGGUAUUAUCAACAUAUCGCAUAUAACAACCGAUUAUUGUAUCACUCUAAAGUGCAGUGUAGAUCAUACGCCUGUUCCCACUGGGAACGUAAAACGCAAUGUAUAUCAAUCAAUAGAAGACGACAAAAACAAAACCGUCACUAAAGUCGUUAUCCCCCCAAAAGACAAGAAGCAAACAAAGAAAGAGAUCAAGGGAAUGCAAGAUAAGCCUCUUUUCACUGGGAGCGUUAAGCGCAACGUCGGUCAAAAAUCUGAAGAAGGCAAAACACAACCUGUAACUAAAGACGUUAACCCAACACAUUGCAAGAAGCAAACAAAGAAAGAGGACGAGGGAACACAAGAUAAACCUUUCCCCACUGACAGCGAACAAACAGUGAACAAGCAAGAGAAAAUAUGUCAUAUGGGAACCAAAACAUUUAUAUCACCAAACCUAAAAGCGCCAAAAAUUCAACUUCAGACAGAGCAUGGUUUAAUACAGGGGUUGGAAGAUACUAUGCAGUUUGUGCAUGUGCAUGAGGAAUCCAAAACUGCUGAGACAGGAAGAUAUGAAUAUGGUGAUUAUAGCACUACAAUUACAACACCGAGUAGACCCGUAGCAGCAACAAAUGUAAACAUGAAAAGAAAAAAUACGAGCCAGGUUGAACAAGUUGGAGCAAAUGCCUCAACAAUCGGUAAAAAAGCAAAGCAAGAAAUGUCUGAAGAUAUGACAACGAUAAAGGAUAAACUGACAUGCCGGAAUUGUAAAAAGAAGAUACUGUAUCGCAAGAAAUGCAUGAUAAAACAUAUUAAAAUAUGCGCUAAUGUAAGUGACCAGGAUGCACUAGGAUAUAUCAAAAUAGGAUAAAUACCUUGGCCUUCUGACCAGUUUAAUUGCAAAACUGAUAUGUCGGCAUAUGGCAGAAAUUUCAACAAAAACCUAAAAACUCUUGUAUAUUUUAUUAAUUACUUUCUUUGGAGAAAGCCUUAAAUAAUCACACAUGAUGAAGAAUGAAAAUAUCACAAAACUCUUGUACUAAGAGUAUGUUUCUAUAACAAUAUAGCGUGACUUUAACGUUAUUUUAUCUUAUGGGAUAUUGAAAAAGGUCGAUUUUGUUUAAUGUGAGUGGACGAUAAUACAAGUCAUGGGAGUCAUUAUAUAAAGUAAGAUCCUAUAUAUUUUGAUCAGAGGAAAUGUACUAUAUGUCAAGUCUAAUAUUAUUUGGUUCUAGAAUGUAGUCUAUACUUGAUAUAGGACGUGAACGUGUAAAAGCGUAGACAAGAUAUGCAAAAGUUUAUUAAAUAAGUUAUAUCAGAUAACGAGGUAACGAGGAUCUUCUCUAAAACUCAGUAUAGACGUUUUCAAUGCAAUUUAAGCUAGAUUAAUUGACAUAUUAGUGUAUAUGUAUUACGUGUAUAUUCGUUUUUAUCAUGUAACUUUGUUGAUAUUGUAAUUUUAAUGAAAAACGAAUACGUUUUGAUAUACAUAAAUGUAUUUCAGACAUAAUAGAUAACUGUUGUAUAAGCUUAAUAACUUUUAGCCUUAAGAAUAUUGUAAAACUAAUCUGUAAGUUAUAGUUCCAUUAUUUAGUAUAAACGGUUGCUAGUAUUAGUAGUAGUAUAUAUACAUAUUUUUAUAUAUUCAUUUCGACCAAAAAAUUCGGUCUGUAUUGUUAAGCUGAAUAUUUUCAUAAAAUUGUCAUUCAUUAAUAUAAGUCAUGCAAUGUUAACUUAAAAUAUUAAACCAAAACUGUUCUUAAACUAAUCUCAUUUGAGUCCGCUCAGGUGACAAAAGUAUAUUUAAAGAUUAAGACAUUUUAUUCCUAGUGUGGUAAUGAGUUUAACAAUUACUAACACACUGGCUAUGU